ACUCCUUCCUUUUCCGCUUCCGUCGCGGCCGCCGACUCCUUCCUUCAGCUCCUUCAGCCCCACCGGGCCCGUUCCCCCGCCGUGUCCCGCAGCGCUGCGGCUGCCCGGGGUGGCGGGAGGAUCCUCGGGGAGGCCGCGCCGGGGAGGACAAGAUGGAGGUAAAAGAUGCAAAUGCUGCAUUGCUGAGUAACUUUGAGGUGUACCAGUUACUUACUGAUCUCAAGCAGCAGCGUAAAGAGAGUGGCAAAACCAAGCAGAGCUCUGGGCAGCAGAACCUGAACACGAUCAUGUAUGAGACACUGAAGUACAUUUCAAAAACACCCUGCAGGUACCAGAGCCCUGAGACUGUCAGGGAGUUCCUGGCAGCAAUGAAGGACCACAAAUUAACCAAGGCAGAAAAGCUGCAGCUGCUGAACCACAGGCCUGUGACUGCAGUGGAAAUCCAGCUGAUGGUGGAGGAAAGCGAGGAGAGGCUGACAGAGGAGGAGAUCGAGUCCCUGCUGCAGACAGUGACCACCAUCCUGCCAGGGGAUCCAGAGGAGCAGCAGAGAGACUCAGCAAUGGCAACAGAAGACAAAGGUGACCAGGCGUAGGAGGCAGCACUUCCAGAGGAGAACCAGCUGCUGUUAGUCUGGGUUUGAUACCAGUUCAAUCCUGUAUUGGACAUAACUGUAAAAUAUAUGCAAUUUUUUAUGA